GGUAGGUGGUAAUAAAGGUCAUCCACCGUCCGUCCCAUUCUAGAAGUGGUUGUUUUAAUGUUUUUGUUCUUUUAUUGUUUCCUUUUUUUAUAGAUUUUUUAGAACUUAGUAGGCUUUUGUUUAAUUGUAACAUGUCUGUAUCUAUGUUAUCGCUUGUGUGCCCGUAAAGAUAAAAUGAAAAAGCCUUGUAAAAUUCCGUAAAGAUAAAAUGAAAAAGCCUUGUAAAAUUCGGACAUUGUCCGGUUCUACCAAGAAAGGUAUUGUGGCAAAGGAUCUUUGUGACCUGAUCAAGAGGGGAUGUCACCUCCUUGAGAUUGCAAAGGAAGACUUCCAAAAGAUUUGCGAAGAAGAUAAAACUGAGAUUAUUGAUAAUGAGUAUUUUGAAUCACUGCCAGCAAACACAACAUUUGUGUUCCUGGAAUGUGGAGAAGAAUUUCCUGCAGAUUUUUCUGUAUUUCUUAAGACACUUGAGGGUAUGUUGCAGCACAAUGAAGCUGCGAAUGAAAUGAAAUCAUUUCUGAAAAACACAGAUCUUUGCCACAUGUACAACGUUAUUGCAUCAGUCUCUGCAACAUGGGCCACAAACAACGAAGAAACACGAGACAGUGAUCCUGAUUGGUUCAAAGGUAUUGAUAAUCGUUUUAAAACAAAAUCUGAUGUCAUGAGAAACCGUGCUAAAAACAGAAUACGAGGCUACCUAGAUACAGCAAAAACAUACUUCAAUGCGAAAGAUAAGAAGACCAAACAACACGCUACAGAAGUAUUAAAACAGUUUGAGAUGGAUUUGCGUAAAAACAACUACUUUGGCUCCCUAUUUGAUCGAACAGCUGUGAAUCAAGUGAACGGUCUGCAGACCCCAUUGUGCAACGAGGAUGGUUGGUUUGGAUGUGGAGGCAUCUACAAUGAAAAAUCAUGUCGAUACCAUCACAACAUCAACCCUUAUAGUUCCAGACAGUUCUUUGUUAUCUUUAGCACAUGGAACUUAGACCAUAUAAUUGAAAAGAGUCGUCAGGUUUUGCCAGAUCUCGAAUCAGCAUUGAUCUCUUCCUCAAAACAUCGGACUGUCAACUCUGCAUAUUUUUUUAGCCUCUUGUUUACUACAAGGAAUCUCAAACUAGUCCAUAUUGUAUGUCACGACAAAGGAGCUCACAAAGCAAGAAAUACGGACAAAAGUCAUUGGUAUUUAUCUCUUUAAUCCGACCUUGUGACUAGAUGCUU